UAUGAUCAUAUGAUGAUAAUGUUAAAAAUUUGCAAAUUAAAAAAAGAUGAGAAUAACAAAAUAGAAGGUGGGAGACCCAGAUUCUUACCAGUCGAGCAAGUUCCACGUUUUGUCGCGGGUGGCAGCAUGAAACGAAGCACAACGGGCUGCAAGCCACCAUGAAGUUGCGCCUCGAUAUCCGGCCAGCUACAGCUACGACCCAGAUUUUUCAUGGAAAAGUUUUCGUGAGCUGAGCCAGCAAAAGUAAGCACUCCAAGCAAUUUCAUCCCAACUGCUACGCAACACUCAGGUGACCUCACUGCAACUCUGCACGACGGAGACUGCCCAGUAAACCCACUUUGCCCUGCGCCUCCUGUUACCGCAUAUCCGUCCUAUUGACCUUCUUCUUCACCGUCUCUCCCUUCCAUAAAGCCAGUAAACCGAAGCUGCUAAGAAGCUUCCCUUGUCCUCGAUCACCACUACCCCAUCACCUUCUCACCAUAGCAAGCGACUUGUUAUGUCACCAUUUUCACAUUGAAGAUGGCGAUAUGCGCGCCAAAAAACAAAAAGCACUAAGUACUGUUCUCAAUUUGCCAGUAUUUCAAUCCUGAAAUCCGGCGAAGCUUCCGCGAAGGGCACUCUCCCGAAUCCCUUCUUUUAACCAUCGCAUUCAGGCAUUCCUCCCUCCAAAUUUCUCCCAUCCAUUAGUUCACAUAACAAGCAAGACAAUAUCCAUGAGGAUCAUUAGCUGCCCUUCUUCCUUCUUAUUCGGCUCCUCCAAGAAAAAGAGCCGAGGCGAUACCACCCCAUCCUUAGCCUCGAACUACGCUUCAUCCCCUUCCAACGAUCAAACCACCACCCCGAAAUCCGUUCUGUCUCCAAAGCCCCGGCGCAGAGCCAGCCGCCGCAGAGAGGAGCAGAGUAGCUCUUCGUCCUUUGAAGCGGCGUCCGGUGCGGCCGAGGGGGAAAGUACAAAGGUCACGCGGCGAGAACUAGAGAUCGUGCUUCGGCGGCUUCAGCCAAAGCCUCCGACGGAAGACGAGGUCGCGGAGAUGUUAGCUGAGGCGGAUCGGCGUGGAGACGGUCAAUUCAGCGUGGAGGAAAUCGCCGCGCUAGGAUUUGACACUGGUGGCCCUGCCUCCCCUGAUCUAAGAGAGACAUUCGCCGUAUUCGACGGCGAUGGAGAUGGAAAGAUCUCUGCUGAAGAGCUCCGCGGCGUGUUCACCACUCUCGGCGACGAGCUCUGCACGCUUGAAAAUUGUCGACGGAUGAUCGGCGUCGUCGAUACCGACGGCGAUGGAUUCGUUUGCUUUGAUGAAUUCGUGCGGAUGAUGCGAGGGCAAAGGUAAGUCGUCGGAAGAAGUAGAAUUAGGGGAAGAAAUCUCAUCAGUUGAAUGAUACGAAUUUUUCUCUGAUCGCAGUGGUGAUCGAUCAGGGAUGUGUUGGUGUGUAUCGAUAGCUCUGUAACGAUGUUCUGUAUGUUUGUUUCAGUUAGCUCUUUUAGUUGUUUGGUUCUGGUUGGCUUAGCCGGCACGGCGACGGGUAGUUGUAAUGGCGAUUUGCAAUAUUCAGUCAAGCGCUUAUCA